ACUUAUGCGGACCUCACCCUGCAUCCUCUCACGGCCCCAUAUUCCUUCGUUUGCCUACCUCCGUCUUCAUCCUCCUCCCUUGUCAUCUCCGUCAACAUCCUUCAGCGGCCACUCUGCUUCACCAGAGAAGCUUCUCCGCCAACGUUACUGAUUAAGCAGAGUUCACCCCUUGUCAUCUCCGACGAACCCGGCUGAUCCAGUCAAAUCUCGAGUCCGGCAAUCUUUUUCCUCAUUCCGAUCUUCAUCAGCUCGUCGGCGUCUCGGACUUUGGUGUCGUACACCGAGUGGUAGGACUCCAGCGAGGGGAAUUUCUCUCGUAAUUGGCUGAUCCACGAACCACGAUCUAUCUUGCUCCCGGAACACCGUCUGACCGCCGUGGUUGAGCGAGUUCCACAUCAAGCUGUCGUGGCCGAGGCCAAAGACGAGGACGUUGCAGGGCGAUUUUUUCUGAAGAACUCGAGCUGACACUGGAAUUUCCCUGGUCAAACUCCCUCAAACCAUUCUUUUACUGCCAAGUCUCCCCCGUUGGUUCAUAGUGCAUAUCCGCCCCCUUUACAAGCCUCGUUCCAAACAACAAGCUCCACAACAUCAGAGCAACAAUGGUAGCCACAGAGGCCAGUACCAGUGGUAGUGGCUCCCCAGAACUGAGAAACAUCAGCCACCAAGUGAUCACCGGCCGCUGGUUCAUGGUCUUCGCCUCUCUGCUAAUCAUGGCCGUCUCUGGCGCUACGUAUAUGUUCGGUUCAUACUCAAACGACAUCAAGACCUCGUUAAGCUACGACCAGACCACUCUCAACUUGCUCAGUUUCUUCAAAGACUUGGGUGCCAAUGUGGGCGUCUUGCCCGGACUCAUUAACGAGAUCACUCCUCCUUGGGUGGUCCUUUCCAUUGGAGCCGUCAUGAAUUUCUUCGGCUACUUCAUGAUCUGGCUCGCCGUCACCGGUCGUAUCGCUAAGCCCCAAGUCUGGCAAAUGUGUCUCUACAUCUGCAUUGGCGCUAAUUCCCAGACUUUUUCCAAUACCGGUGCUUUAGUCACGUGCGUUAAGAACUUCCCCGGAAGCCGUGGCAGCGUUUUGGGGCUUCUUAAGGGUUACGUUGGGCUCAGUGGCGCCAUUAUAACUCAGCUUUACCAUGCCGUCUAUGUUGACGACUCCAAAUCUCUCAUAUUGUUCAUUGCUUGGAUUCCUGCCGCUGUCUCCAUCUUUUUCCUCCCAACAAUUCGGAUAUUGAACAACACUCGACAGCCUAAUGAGCUCAGAGUUUUUUAUAAUCUUCUUUAUAUCUCACUCGGCCUUGCAGGGUUCCUUAUGGGAUUGAUCAUCGUACAGAACCAGCUGAGCUUUACGAGGAUUGACUAUGUGUCUGAUGGCAUCGUGGUUCUGUCCUUACUUUUUCUCCCACUGGCCGUAGUUUUCAGAGAAGAACUGCACCUCUGGAGAGCCAAAAAACAAGGCUUGAUCGGUACUUCUGAAGUGGCAGUCGUCGCUGAAGCUCCGCCUCCAAUGACGGAAUCAACUCAGCCACAGCUAGAAUCUUCCACCAAUACCACAAAGCCAGAGAAGGAAAGCUCUUGUCUGGACAACGUUUUUAAACCACCCAACAGGGGAGAGGACUAUACCAUAUUGCAAGCUCUGUUCAGCAUUGACAUGCUAGUUCUGUUCACGGCAGCAACCUUCAGUAUCGGUGGAAGUUUGACUGCUAUUGACAACUUGGGACAAAUUGCAAAAUCCUUGGGAUACCCGAGCAAGAGUACCUCCACCUUUGUGUCCUUGGUGAGCAUAUGGAACUAUCUGGGACGAGUAGUCGCUGGUUUCGUCUCCGAAAUCUUCUUGACCAAAUACAAAUUCCCUCGUCCCUUGAUGCUCUCUCUAAUUAUACUACUGUCAUGUGUGGGGCAUCUUCUAAUUGCCUUUGGCGUCCCCAAUUCUCUCUACUUUUCUUCCGUGAUUGCCGGGUUUUGCUUCGGAGCACAAUGGCCGUUGAUAUUCGCCAUCAUAUCUGAGAUAUUCGGCCUCAAGUAUUACUCCACUCUGCUCAAUAUGGGGGCAAUGGCCAGCCCUCUGGGAGCUUACAUACUGAACGUGAAGGUGACAGGUUAUUUUUACGACAAGGAGGCGUUGAAACAGUUGCAGGCAAAGGGACCUAAAAUGGAAGCAGGGGAAGACUUAACUUGCAUAGGAGUUCACUGCUAUAAGAUGGCCUUUCUCAUAAUCACAGCAUCGGCGGUUAUAGGGUGCUUGAUUUCUUUGAUAUUGGUAAUCAGGACCAGAAAAUUCUACAAAGGCGACAUGUACAGCAAGUACAGAGUUGAAGCACAGCCUGGGACGGCCACUCCCAGAAGUGGCACUGUUUCGACCGAGACAGAAUCAUUGUUGGGACAUUUUCAAAAUAAAAGAUGCGUCGAUUGAAAAAUGGAAUCAUUGUAAAUUAAGGUGUUUUUAUAGAAAGUUAUGUACAAUGUUAGACCAAAAGUCGCCGAGAUCAUGUCUUCGUCAUAAUUUUAAGGCACUUUCACAAAAAGUUAUGUACAUGGUUACAGCGAAAGUCAGUGAGAUCAUGUCGAUUGUUUUUGUUUGUCUGUGUUAGGUGUGAAUGAAUGAAUUCCAGUUUCUAUUUAAAAAAA